UCGAAGUUGGUUCCGAUGGCAGUACUGACAUGCACGAUGGCCGUGUGCAUGCACGGCCCCAUUCUCGUGGGCAGGGGGUCCCGAGCAUGCAUUCCUUCGCCGCCGUGCGUCAAUCAACGCCGGCCGUGCAACGUCCGUACUUCCCCUCACGUGCGCCUUCCCCGCCGUUGCCCUUCGAUAGAGGGUGUGGUAGACAAUCUCCCGAGAGGUUGCAUGUAGGCCUUCUGUGUAGUUGUCCACCGGCAGUGGACAUGCCGGGGCAACGACGGUUUCGUCGUUGAUGAUCACUCUUUCUCCGUCCAACAGCAGUGCGAUUUGUAUGUAGCGAGGGCAUGCACAGAAGGGACAAGCAUGGGUGCAGGUUUUGGCAUGCCGGCGUCGGGUGCACAGAACAUGGACAUGGGUGGCACACCUUGGUCUCCCCAAUGCACCCAGAGCACGGUACGGUCGUUCGGCAUGCGGUGUUCUCCAUCUCCUCAGCUGGGCAUUCACACGGACGGCCCGUGGAAUUGGACGAACACGCGGCCGGUGUCUCCCGAGACUCGCAUGGAUUCACCUUACGACGAAGGCGCCGUCGUUUCCGGAGGAGCCGACGAAGACGGUAAUGUAGAGCACGGAAGUGCUGUUCCAGUGAUGGCAAGGUCGAUGGCCGAGCAGGGUGAUGCGCAGGGCCAGGGUGCGGCAGGCGGGAAAGGGAGCAGGCGGUCGGCGCCUGCUCAAAAGAAGCAAAGCGUGCCAUGGACGUUGGACGAGCGAGUGAAGCUUGCACUCCUUAUGGGCGAGGACGAUGGCCUUAUGCCGGCUCAAAAGAAGCAAAGCGUGCCAUGGACGUUGGACGAGCAAGUGAAGCUUGCACUCCUUAUGGGCGAGGACGAUGGCCUUAUGGCGGAUGCUAACGGCCAACACCGAUUCAAGGGGGGUAUGGUCUACGAGAUGAUCCACCACCGGGACGGGUACCACACGAGGGACUUCGAGCUCGCGAUUGGCAUGACACGUUGCUCCGUCCGUUUCUAUGAAGUCGAUGUCAAUGGGGUCCCCGCUAUGAAGAUGGAGGUGGGGUUGGGAUUCUUCGGAAACAACCUGGGACAUGUGCUCAUCUUCGUCACGAAGGUCAGGGAUGUGAUCCCCAACGAGUGGGGCGGCCAUCCCGUUGAUCUGGCGGGGGAGAUCGUGCUUCUUUACAUCUCCACGCUUGCCGACCUGUACGCAGACCGCCUGGAUCCGCUACCGUUUUGGAGGUGCACUCUUGAUCCGCCGUUGGUGGGCAGGCCUCCCGCGGACUGCCACGCUGGCGGGGGAGAUGAUGAUGAUGUUGAUGAUGAUGAUGACGAUGAUGCUGUUGAUGACGAUGGGGGCGCUGGUGACGUCGUGAUGCCGAUGAUGGUGAUGCUGAUGAUGGUGAUGAUGGAGAUGAUGAUGAUGAUGAUGAUGAUGAUGAUGGUGAUGUUGGUGAUGGCGAUGAUGAUGGUGGUGAUGAUGACGUUGAUUGUGAUGAUGAUGAUGAUGGUGAUGAUGAUGAUGGUGAUGGUGAUGAUGAUGAUGAUGAUGAUGAUGAUGAUGAUGAUGAUGAUGAUGAUGAUGAUGAUGAUGAUGAUGAUGACGAUGAUGGCGAUGAUGUCCUCGGCGAUGAUGAUGACAAUGAUGAUGGUGAUGAUGUCGUCCGCUCGGGUGAAUCGUCCCAAUGGCACAAGUAUCGACGGAUUUUAAAGUCAUUCCAUUACAUAUAUAAACGAACUCGUAAAGGAGUCGGUGGUUUUUGUAGCCCGUUUCGGAUUCUGGCUAUCGGCUGUUGUUGUUAUUUUUUUGUAAUGCUUUUUUGGGUUACGUGCAUGUUUGUGUUUGUAGUCGUCCUUGCUAUUUUGUGUGUGUCGCCCUGAAACCAAUUGUUGGGCGACUUCUUUACCCGGACAGCGUGCUGCUAUUGUGCUCCGAUUUCAUGUUCGCAUUGGGUGUGCUGAAGGCUUUUGUCGCAAAUUUUACGUUCGUUUUUUUAUGGUCGUCCAAGAAAUGAUCGUCGUGUGUGUUCGUCUAAUAUGUCCGGAUGUUAUUAGUGGAAACUUUUCUCCCGCUUUCUGUAAAGAUAUGUGUUCAUAUCUUUACAUGCAUGGGUGAAUUUAUAUGUUCAUAUGUUCAUAUGCAUGGGUGGUAUAUCAUUUCCUUUUAUACAUUUCGCAACAUUAAUUGCUUGAAUUCAUAUGUUUUGUGUGCAUGGGUGAACAAAGAUUACAUUGCGAA